GACCUGGGUCUGGGCCAGCUGCACGAGCUGGUAAACACCGUGCUUCCCUGCCUGCACCAGCAGGGGGCGCCGUCUCCUCCAAGCCCCAUUCAGAAGGCCUGGAACACCUCCUACUUGUCCUCCUACUCCUUCUACCACAACAAACAUGGGUUCUCUGGAGGUGCCAUGGGCCCCGCCCCCCUUGGCCCCGCCCCCCUGGCCUUCUGCAGACAGAGCCCCUCCCCCCUCCAGAACGUCUCCGCCCAGCUGCCCUACUGGCCAGUGUGGGUGCAGACCAGGGGCUUUAAGACCCUGAGGAAGGCCAAGAGGCUGAGGGCAGGACAGGAGCGCCCUCUGGAGGUGGAAAGCUUCACACCCUCCUUCAUGAAGGGCCUGCUGUGGCGGGAGCGCGGUGCAGAGGUGGAGACCCUGGAGACGCUGCUGAAGAGCCGGAACGUUCCGGACGACACCAGGACGCCUUCAAGGGCGGCUUUCGCCGAGGGCUUCCUCAAGGCCCAGGCCCUCACACAGCGCACACAGGACUCUCUGAGGAGGACCCGGCUGAUCCUGCUGGUGUUGCUGCUGGUGGGACUCUACGGCCUGUCCAAGACCCCCUUCUUAUCGGUGCGGUUCCGAACCACAUCAGGGCUGGACUCUGCGGUGGACCCGGUGCAGGUGAAGAGCGUGACCUUCGAGCACGUGAAGGGCGUGGAGGAGGCAAAGAACGAGCUGCAGGAGGUGGUGGAGUUCCUGAAGAACCCUCAGAAGUUCACCGUGCUGGGAGGCAAGCUGCCCAAAGGCGUGCUUCUGGUGGGCCCCCCAGGCACGGGGAAGACCCUGCUGGCCAGGGCGGUGGCCGGGGAGGCAGACGUGCCCUUCUACUACGCCUCAGGGUCCGAGUUCGACGAGAUGUUCGUGGGCGUCGGAGCCAGUCGCAUCAGGAACCUCUUCAGAGAGGCCAAGGCCAGCGCCCCCUGUGUGAUCUUCAUAGAGCUGGACAGUGUUGGGGAGGAGGAUAGAGUCUCCAUGCAUCCCUUCAGACAGACCAUCAACCAGCUGCUGGCAGAGAUGGACGGGUUCAAACCAAAUGAGGGCGUGAUCAUUAUAGGAGCUACAAACUCCGAGGCUCUGGACAGUGCUCUGAUUCGUCCUGGUCGCUUCGACAUGCAGGUGACAGUCCCCAUGCCCGAUGUGAAGGGACGCACAGAGAUCAUUAACUGGUACCUCAGGAAGAUCAAAGUAGAUCCUGACGUGGAGGCUAAAAUCAUCGCCCGUGGCACGGUGGGCUUCUCCGGGGCCGACCUGGAGAACCUGGUAAACCAGGCGGCGCUGAAGGCAGCGGUGGACGGCAUGGACAUGGUGACCCUGAAGGAGCUGGAGUUCGCCAAGGACAAGAUCCUCCCAGGGCCGGAGAGGAGGAGCGUGGAGAUCGACCAGAAGAACAAGGAGAUCACAGCGUACCACGAGUCCGGCCACGCUAUCGUAGCAUACUACACCAAGGAUGCCAUGCCCAUCAACAAGGCCACCAUCAUGCCCCGAGGGCCCAGCCUGGGCCACGUGUCCAUGCUCCCUGAGAACGACCGCUGGAGUGAGACUCGCUCCCAGCUGCUGGCCCAGAUGGACGUGAGCAUGGGCGGGCGCGUUGCCGAGGAGAUCAUCUUCGGCAACGAGUACAUCACCACGGGUGCGUCUAGUGACUUUGACAGCGCCACCAAAAUCGCCAAGAUGAUGGUGACUAGAUUCGGAAUGUGUGAGAAGCUUGGGGUCAUGACCUACGGUGAUGUCACCAAGCAGAGCCCGGAGACGCAGGCUGUCAUCGAACAGGAAACCAGAAAGCUGUUAAAGGACUCGUAUGAGCGGGCGCGGUCGCUGCUGAAGCUGCACGCUAAAGAGCACCGGAUGCUGGCCGACGCCCUGUUGAGGUACGAGACACUGGACGUCAAGGAGAUCCGUCUGGUGCUGGAGGGCAAAGACCUGGAGUUGAGGGAACCUGGGCCAGGGGGGCUGGGGGCCUGAGAUACACCUGGGGGCGAUGACCUGAACGGACACCCUGGGGCAGGGGGGCUGGAGCUGAGAGAGUCAGGGGGGCCAGGGUCAUGGUUGUAUAUCAUGGAUCUGGAGCCCAGGGGGGCAGGGCUGUACACAUGGACACCAUACAGGUCAGUAAGGGGCUAGAGAGGGUGUGGAGGGUGGGUGAUGAGGGUCUGGAGUCUGUAUCGGGAAUGUUGGGGUAGAGGUCAAGGGUUAAGGGCACUCCCUGUGACUGUGGAGGAAAGCCAGGCCAGGGGGGCUUGGGAUUGGGGGGGGGAGGGGAGGGGUAUGAAUGUAGAUAUUGGACAUGCUAAUGUUGAAUGGAGGCCUCAGGACUUAGAUUAUAUUUUAAAUGUCAACUGCAGUAUGUAUUUAUGUACACACACACACAUACAGAGUCUACAGUCUUCCUGUUGUAAACAGAACCCAGCCCUGUGCUGAGUGCACUGGUCCAUUCAGAACCUUCCUAGUUGUCUAGAUCUCCGCACUACAUGUGUGUGUGUGUGUGUGUGUGUGUGUGCGUGUGUGUGCGUGCGUGCGUGCGUGCGUGCGUGCGUGCGCGCGCGCGUAGUACAGAGCAGAAUGCUGAGGGCUGACAGGGUUCCCCGUCUUGCUCCGUACCGCAGUCUGUCAACCGGGGAAAUGUGACGUUACCGUUCUGUCCCGGUGCCCCAUCCCCUGCCCCCUGUCUUCCUCUGGGCGUCGCCUGCUUUGGUGACGCCACACCUGCUCCCAACGUCUGUGUUAGAGGAGACGACCGACCCUCUGGAAUGUGAACAAUCAUCUACUCAUUGCUGCGCGAGUUUGACGUGUGUUGAUGUAUGAUGUUGUACAGAGGAUUGUUUUAAAGCAACACCUUUCCCUUUUAAGAGAUUAUUUCUCUUUAAAGGGGAGGUUCAGUGUGUACCCAAGCAUAUAACCAACUAUCAUUUAUCAUUUGUAUUCUAUGUUGUAAUUUUUUGUUUUUAUUUUGUCCAAGUACUUAAAGAUCUUGGUUUCUGGCUUUUUACAUAUGCUUAGUUUGUAAAUAUGACCAUGGUCGUUAUGAGAACUGUAUAUAAAUCUGUAUAGAAGGCUUCUAGGCUGUCUGCAUCAUGUGAAGCACAUCACCUAAACUCUUGUUCUUCUCUUAAAGAGGAGGACAGAGCCCAAGUUCAGCUGUGUGACGAUGAAAUGAAUAAAACCUUGUAAUCUUAUCCUGUCUGUCUCCCCUGUUGAUGCUGUCACUGUAUGUUACAUCAACAUGGAAAUUAUUUCACUUUGCAGACUUCUUUACCAAGAGGGACGGACUUGUGCUUGUUGAAAGUUCAGCAGAACAUCAAGCGCUGCUUGCCGUAGGGCCAAGCAAAAGAAAAAAUAACUUGCAUGUUAAAACAUAUUUACUGUGGUGUUUUGGGGGUUUGGAUAAAGGCAUACUGUGCAAUU